AUGGGUGACAUCGAGAAGCAGACGGAGAUCCGCGAGAAGAAGGCCCGCAAUGUGAUGCGUGAGCUUAAGAUUCAGAAACUCUGCCUCAACAUCUGCGUUGGAGAGUCUGGAGAUAGACUGACCCGUGCCGCUAAGGUUAGCCCAUCCGCACCCUUCCAGAUCCAACAAUUGCUUGUUCCAGGUGCUGGAGCAGCUCACCGGACAGACCCCAGUGUUCUCGAAGGCUCGCUACACCGUCCGUACCUUCGGAAUCCGCAGAAACGAGAAGAUCGCCGUUCACUGCACUGUCCGUGGACCGAAGGCCGAGGAGAUCCUCGAGAAGGGACUCAAGGUCAAGGAAUACGAGCUCUACAAGGAGAACUUCUCCGACACCGGAAACUUCGGAUUCGGAGUCCAGGUAACAAUUUCAGCACUGUACAGACCGUCUGUAGCGAAAAGUUGUUCAGGAGCAUAUCGAUCUCGGAAUCAAGUACGAUCCAUCGAUCGGAAUCUACGGAAUGGACUUCUACGUCGUUCUCGACCGUGCUGGACGCCGUAUCGCCAAGAGAAGACGCGCUCCAGGACACGUCGGAAUCUCGCACAGAGUCGGACGCGAGGAGUCGAUCAAGUGGUUCCAGCAGAAGUACGACGGAAUCAUCCUUCCACCAAAGCCGAAGGUCAAGCGCACUGUCCACCGUCGUCGUUAA